AUGCAAGAACUGAUUUCCCAACUCAGUGCCUUCGGGACGGCCAGUCAAGUUACUCUGCCUCUCAUUCAGCACCCUUUGAACCAUACCACCACGCUGCUGGCCGCGCAGUAUGGGACUACCUUCAAUGUCGAGGUGACAAUCGCCGACCAGACCUUCCAGCUGCUGGUCGACACGGGCAUCAGUGAUACUUACGUGGUUCGAAAUGACUUUGUCUGCAUCAAUGAAACGACCAACCAAGAGAUCAGCCAGGCUGCCUGUGGUUAUGCUCCUCACGCCUACCACGAAUCGAGCACGUAUCGGCUAAUCCCCAACCAGACCUUUGGCGUACAAUAUGGCAACGGCGUCGCCUGCGGAGUAAUGGCCCGCGAGGACAUCACCCUAGCAGGCAUUACCGUUCCCGGACAAGCGAUCGGAAUUGCUGAUCGCAGCCAUCCGAUGGGCGAUGGGAUCAACAGUGGCGUGCUGGGUCUGGCCUACCCAUCCCUUACCUCUGCCCAUCCGCGCAAUCACACCGACAACACCACCUUCUGGUUCGACCGGGAGACCUAUCGUCCGUUGUUCAACACCAUGUACGAGCAAGGGUUGGUCGCGGAGCCCUACUUCAGCAUUGCCCUCGCCCACAGCCCGCACAACCUCACCGCGGCCCCCGCGACGACCUUUGGGGGCUAUCUCACCUUAGGCGAUUAUCCCCCAGUCGCCCACAAUGCGACCUUUGCCGAGGUCCCCGUGGAGAUCCUCAAGAACAUCCCUCCCAGUUUCACUUCGGGCAAGCGCACCCGCUCCUACUGGGCGUUCACUGUGUCCGCCGCCUUGACCGAUACCGGCAAUGACUUCAGUUUUCUGCCCAUGGCGGUGGUGGAUUCGAUCAAUGCUUUGUUUGAUCCACCCGCUGUCAAUUCGGAGGCGCUGGGGUACUAUCUCGUCGACUGUGAUGCCCAGGCGCCCGUGUUUGGGGUCGAGAUGGGGGGACAGACCUUCUAUCAUGAGGGACGAGACCUGAUCUAUAAGACCGAAGAAGGGUACUGUGUGUCGAGCUUAGCUGCCUCUGAAGAUGUGGCCUACGAGGGGAUUGUGUUGAAUAUCCUCGGAGUGCCGUUCUUGAAAAAUGUGGUCUCCGCAUAUGAUUUUGGAAAGAAUGAGCUACGCUUCGCGUAGAGAUUAGAUUAAAAAAGAUUGUGGAUUCUUGUCCAUUUGGAAGUAGAUUUGGGAGGGGGGAAGGGGGGGUUAUGUUUGACGCCUCGGGCUUCUUCUUGGGAUGGAGGCUGUCUACACGGUCAAGGUAGAAAUGGCUGGGAGAUUUAGAGGAUUUGAC